UUAAACUUGCUGCAAAUUACAAAGAAAUGGCUCAAAGGCUCCAGCUCUUUCCGUGCCUUGCGAGCUGAGAUGCAGGGCCGUGCCCUUGCGAGGGUGCCCAAUUCCCUGCAGACUGCCAGAAAAAAAAAGAGGCCAACUGGAAAGGCAAAGGAAAAAGAUUGCUCAGGGCCGAGACCAGACCUUUGGUCGUUCUUUCCUCUAAUCGGUUCUGUCUGUGCCCACCAGUUCUCUUGACUUGCCAGAACUCCUCAGAACUGCUGUGUGGUGCUGCCUCAGCCGUGCUGCCUCAGUUUCCUCUUCCAGGCUGUGCCCUGUGAUCCAGCCUCUUGCUGAAUAUUCUGAGAGGAACUGGCCAGCUUUAACCUCUACCUCCAGCUUUGACAGGCUGGGAUAAGAAACUCUUUCGUAAUGGACACCUCAUCCAAAGAAAAUGCCCAUUUGUUUCACAAAAAUUCAGCCCAACCUGCCGGAAGGCCGUCCUUUGAAGUGGGGUGUCCGUCCGCAGCGGAAGCACGGCCGUGCUGUGGCGAACUCAAGGUGUUCCUAGGUGCCCUGUCUUUUGUUUACUUUGCCAAAGCACUGGCAGAAGGCUACCUGAAGAGCACCAUCACUCAGAUAGAGAGAAGAUUCGAUAUCCCUUCCUCUCUGGUGGGAAUAAUUGAUGGUAGUUUUGAAAUUGGGAAUCUCCUGGUCAUAACGUUUGUUAGCUACUUUGGUGCCAAACUUCACAGGCCAAAAAUAAUAGGAGCAGGCUGUCUGGUCAUGGGAGCUGGAACCAUGCUCAUCGCUGUGCCCCAGUUCUUCAUGGAGAAGUACAGCUAUGAGAAAUAUGGAAAGUAUUCUUCCUCCUCCAACCUCACCGCCAACAUCUCUCCAUGCUACCUAGAGUCCAGCAGUCCAUCACCAAGCUCAAUCAUAGGGAAAACACAAAACAAAAUAAAUGACGAAUGUGAAGGGGAUGCCAGCUCCUCCAUGUGGGUUUACGUCUUCCUGGGAAAUCUUCUGCGAGGAUUAGGCGAAACUCCCGUCCAACCCCUUGGCAUCGCCUACCUGGAUGACUUCGCCAGCGAAGACAACGCUGCUUUCUACAUUGGGUGUGUGCAGACUGUCGCAAUCAUAGGGCCCAUCUUUGGCUUUCUUUUGGGUUCAUUAUGUGCCAAACUGUAUGUUGAUAUUGGCUUUGUGAAUCUUGAGCACAUAACUAUCACCCCAAAGGAUCCCCAGUGGGUCGGGGCCUGGUGGCUCGGUUACCUAAUAGCUGGCCUCCUAAGUCUCCUGGCAGCUGUGCCUUUCUGGUGCUUACCCAAGACUCUCCCAAGAUCCCAGAGUAGAGAGGACUCUGUAUCCUCGUCUGAGAAGUCCAAGUUCAUUAUAGAUGACCCUGUUAACUACCAAAUGGCCCCUGGAGAAGAAACGAAAAUCAUGGAAAUGGCAAAGGAUUUUCUUCCAUCACUGAAGACUCUUCUUAGAAAUCCAGUAUACAUCUUAUACCUGUGUGCAAGCACUGUUCAGUUCAAUUCUCUAUUUGGCAUGGUGACAUAUAAACCAAAAUAUAUUGAGCAGCAGUAUGGGCAGUCAUCGUCCAAGGCCAACUUUGUCAUUGGGCUCAUCAACAUCCCCGCAGUGGCCCUUGGAAUAUUCUCUGGGGGAAUACUUAUGAAAAAAUUCAGACUGGGUGUGUAUGAAGCUACAAAACUCUACUUGGCCUCAUCUGUCUUUGGUUACCUCCUCUUCCUCUCUCUGUUUGCACUGGGCUGUGAAAAUCCCAGUGUGGCCGGACUCACUGUCUCCUACCAAGGAACCAAACCUGUCUCUUAUCAUGAACGAGCUCUCUUUUCAGAUUGCAACUCAAGAUGUAAAUGUUCAGAGUCAAAAUGGGAGCCCAUGUGUGGGGACAAUGGGAUCACAUAUGUGUCAGCUUGUCUUGCUGGUUGCCAAUUCUCCAGCCGGAGUGGAAAGCACAUUAUAUUUUCUAACUGCACUUGUGUGGGACUUGCAGCGCCUAAGUCAGGAAACUGGUCAGGCGUGAUGGGCAGGUGUCAGAAAGAUAAUGGAUGUCCCCAAAUGUUUUUGUAUUUCCUUGUGAUUUCAGUCAUCACAUCUUACACAUUAUCUCUAGGUGGCAUACCUGGAUAUAUAUUACUCUUGAGGUGCAUUCAGCCACAACUUAAGUCUUUUGCAUUGGGUAUCUACACCUUGGCUGUAAGAGUUCUUGCAGGAAUCCCAGCUCCUGUGUAUUUUGGUGUUUUGAUCGACACAUCAUGCCUCAAAUGGGGAUUUAAAAAAUGUGGAAGUAGAGGUUCCUGCAGACUGUAUGACUCACAUGCUUUCAGACACACAUACCUGGGGUUAACCACGCUCCUGGGUACAGCAUCCAUCUUCCUAAGCAUGGCUGUACUUUUUGUUUUAAAGAAAAAAUAUGUUUCAAAACAAAGCAGCUUCAUAACCAUGAGAGAAAAAAUAGUGGUGUCUUCGAGUUUCAGGAAGGAAACAAAUGCUGCAGAGGAUCAUGUGCUACAGCCCAAGUACUGGCCAGGCAAAGAGACACGACUUUAA